UGCUGUUUGACGAAGCGGACUGAACUCCGGGAAGAGAGAAACUUAACUAUCGAUCCCAUCACGUCAGUGUAGAUCAGUCUGUAUCGAUGCUUGUAUCGAUCCGUCCAGCCUGAGUUGAAGCAGCGAUGAGUUCAGCUCAGUAUCUGAGAGAGAGAGUUCAUCAAGGAGAGACUAACUGCUGUUUGUGAAGAAAUCUUCUCAGAGGUUCAAAAAACCAUCGUCCAGUAUGAGGAGUUCAACCGUCAGCACAGACUGCUGGAUAUCAGCCGGGAACCCGACAGAAACUCACACAUCAUAGACCUCCCACAAAAUCAUGACUGCGAGGAAGAGGAGGGUCUGGAUGAGCAGCAGGUCUGUAACCAGGAGAGGAACUCCAGUCUGGACCAGGAGGACCCAGAGUCUCCACAGAUUAAAGAGGAACAGGAGAAACUCUGCAGCAGUCAGGACGGAGAGCAGCUUGGACUGAAGCAGGAGUCUGAAGGCAUUAUCGUCUGGACUGAUGAAGAGCAGCUCAGACAGAUGGAGAGCAUCUGGAAACCUGUGAUAAAGUUACACAAAAUAGACCUCCAACAGCAGCAUGUCUGUGAUGAGGAGAAGGUUGUCAGAGGUCAGCAGGUCUGUAACCAGGAGAGAAACUCUAGUCUGGACCAAGACGACCCAGAGCCUCCACAGAUUAAAGAUGAACAGGAGGAACUCUGCAGCAGUCAGGAGGGAGAGCAGCUUGGACUGAAGCAGGAGGCUGAUGCCUUCAUGGACACCCUUGUUUAUCAGGAAAGUUACCACAGUGAACUGGAAUCAAACAGUGAGCAGCUCCUUUCUCACAGCUCUCCUGAAGUAGAAAGCAAGCAUGUGGUCUCAGGAUCAGCUAGAAAUAUAGCGCUAAAGAGGAGGAGACGUCUCAGACUUGCUGACACAAGGGAAAAGUCUCUAAAAUGUGACACAUGCGGAAAAGCAUUUCACUUCCAAUCCCACCUGAGUGCACAUCUUAGAGUUCACACAGGUGAGAAACCAUAUUCUUGUAGCACCUGUGGGAAAAGAUUCAGCCACAAAUCAGCAUUGGAUAAUCAUUUAAGAAGUUACACAGGCGAGAAGCCAUAUCUUUGUAUCACUUGCGGGAAAAGAUUUGUUCAGAAGUCUCAUUUGGAGCGUCAUGUGAGAAUUCAUACAGGUGAAAAGCCGUAUCCUUGUAUCACCUGUGGGAAAAGAUUUAAUCAGAAUUCAGAGCUGCAACGUCAUGUAAGAAUUCACACAGGUGAGAAGCCAUAUUUUUGUAAAACUUGUGGGAAAAGAUUUGCUGACUCAUCAGGACUCAUAAAACACAUGAGAUUUCACACAGGUGAGAAACCAUUUUCUUGUGGGAUCUGUGGAAAAAGUUUCAGUCAGAAAUCAGCAUUGGAAACUCAUGUAAGAACUCACACAGGCGAGAAGCCGUAUUCUUGUAGCACUUGUGGGAAAAAAUUCAAUCAGAAAUCAGGAAUGAAGUCUCAUGCAAGAACUCACACAGGUGAGAAACCACAUUGCUGUAGCAGGUGUGGGAAAACCUUUAGCCAGAGGACACACUUAAAGAAGCACAUGAGAAUUCAUACUGAUUAAAAGUUUAAAGCUUAGAACAUGUGGGACAGCUGUUAGUCAUAAUAGAGUGUUGGUUGUAGAGCUCACACUGAGCAGAAGUGAAAAGAUGAAUCAUAUUCAGGUCAGUAUUAUUUGGGUUCUAUUCCAGGAAGCAGGUUUAACUAACAACUGCAGGUUUGCUAAUCCUGACACGAGGGAGAGAAAGAGAGUUAACUUUAACUCUGUGUCACUCACCAGGUUAAGAAACUCUUUGAACCUAACAGAUUUCAGCAGAUUUUCUUAAACAAAUUAUGAAUUUGUGUAGUCAAAGGAGCUUGCAAAGAAAAGCGUCUGGACUUCUUUAAGUUACUUGAAGACAAUGGCAACCUCAACAUUGAAGUUUACCGGAAGCCCACACACACGGACCAGUACCUCCUGUUUGACUCCCAUCACCCUCUGGAACACAAACUUGGAGUAAUUAGGA